AAAAUGUUUUUACAACUUCAAUCUAAAAGUAAGUUUCUCGAACUUCAUUUAACCAGCUGCUUACACGACUGGGACAUGAAUGAGGAAAUAAAGCUGACGACGACGACCGAUCAAUUUUACCACGAUGAGAAGAGGACUGACCAGUAUUUGGCGCAGUGGCAUUACGCCAGAAUCUCCAGAAGAUCCUCUUUACCAACCGCGCACAGAAGUCUCGGGCUCCCGCACAAAGAUCCUGUAAUCCAGCCUAACCUAUGGUUGAUGGUGAAUCCUAGUUUAGCUUGCCCCAUAAAAUACCCUAGUAACCUCCCCAAAGUGCCAACCCCACCGAAACCAGCAGCGCCAAGAAGCAGCACACCUGUUCUUGAACAGCCGCUGCUGCCUGACGAGACCUGUCUGAAUGAGUCUGUGCUGGACACCUCCCUCUCCAGCGAAUACCAGCUGACAGAUGAAGAUGACGCUUCGUCUGUGGAUGUGCCAAUCUGCCGGAAGGUGAAGGGCACUCGUAAGGGAAGGACCCCUAAGGCAAACACUCGUAGGCUGGGUUUGACUCAGAGCCGGCGUCUCCAGAGAGCCCUGCAGGACAGCAUGAGCCUGAAGAGCGGUGUCUGGCCUCGACCUCCUGUCAACUACUGCAUCCUCAUCGCCAUGGCCCUCAGCAGCAGCCGCAGCGGCAGCCUCAACGUCCAGCAGAUCUACAACUUCACCAGAGAGCACUUCCCCUUUUUCCUGACCGCUCCAGACGGGUGGAAGAACACGAUCCGCCAUAACCUGUGCUUCAGCAACAGCUUCAAGAAGACGCCGCAGCAAGUCUCUGGAGAUGGAAAGAGGAAGUCCUGUCUGUGGCACCUGACGCUGGACGGCCGGCAGAGACUGAGAGACGAGAUCCACACUCUGACCGAGGACUCCUUUAGGUUGCUCAGGAGGAGCAUGAACUACCCUGAUAUGAUUCCAGCCUUGUUAGAGCUGUGAUCCACCAUUCACAUCAUCAGCCUGGAGAACUGAAACCUGCC